AUGGAGCAGAAGCUUCUUCUCAUCCUCAUGAUCUGUGGAAUAAACUGUGUUACAGGUUUGAACACCUUCAUGGAGUCAUAUAAAAACUUCUACUUUGUGAAUGAAUACAAAACAUUUGCUGAGGCUCAGCGAUACUGCCGAGAGCAUUACAUUGAUCUGGUGACUCUGGAGGACUGGGCAGACAUGAAGGAUCUUCUGGCUCUUGAAAACGUAAUGAGCACUGACUCUGCCUGGAUCGGACUGAGGAAAACAGGUCAUGAGCAGUGGCGCUGGACUGAUCCAGAGCUUUACAAGGAUGGAGAAACUGAAUACAGAAACUGGGGCCCACGUGAACCAACUAACGGUAGUGAUGAAUACUGUUCAGUAAUGGACUCUAUCGGAAACUUUCGAGACACAGAUUUUGAUAAACAGUGUUGA